AGACAUAUACAAUUGUAAGCGGAACUGUGGCGUUAUGGUUUGCACACCGCCAUUAAAACUAAAAAAAUAUGUGGCGUGAAAACGUUUGAAUUUAGCAGCCAAUGUGGGCUUGCUCGCUGAGAUGUAGAAACAUCAAGAACACGAUUAUCUAGUUACUGUUUCACUUAAAAAUGGAAGAGAUACGUCCACUGUUGAGCAAUCAGCCGUGGGAGGGCUCAGAUCUCCCAUCCCCAAACCUGAGACCAAGGCACCAGGAACUGAUCCCAACGCCAUGUGGCCCGAUAAAGCCUUGGUCAGAGCUGUCAUGCUUGGUGAAGCUUUACUUCUGCUUCACCAUCGCCUCUCUACUGGCACUAUUGGCCCUCACACUGACAAACAUCUACAGGCAAAGCAUGGCAACGUACAGCUAUGAGGACGACUUCACUGUAUCUCUCAUCCAACUGGUUGGAAUUUUGUUCUGCAUAUACUACAUCACCAGGGGCAUCCUGCAGGAGAACAGGCAGGAGUUGAUAGUGUUUGUCCUCAGUGUGUUGGUGGUCAUGAUGCGCUCUGUGGUCAACUUCAUGGUGCUCCCUGUCCAGGAUAGAAAGGACUUGCUUCUGGUGCGGUUUGUGUGCAUCCUGUGUGUGGGCGUGGUCCAUGUCCUGUGCGCCACUCUGCUCAUCCAAAGGCCCAACAUGAUGGCCUUCCGGGUGGGCGGAGCUCUGGAGAGCUUCCAGGAGCAGUACUUCCUGAUCAACCUGUGCUUCUCCAUGGUCACCUUUGACCUACAGGCCCAGCUGUGCCUUUGCAUACUGAUUAUGACGUCAGGUACAACCAUGUCCUUCACAAACAGCAUCAUCCUGGGCUUUGGAGUGGUCUGGGCCUGCCUUACCGCAGCCAUGGGGGCUAUCGCAGUUUUAAAAGAAGCCAAGCUGCUGGUUUGGGUCUUUGUCCUUCUGAAUGUGCCGGAGGUGGCCUACUUCGUGUACCUGAUGUACAGGAUCAGUGUACACUGGGGGCAGGACAAGACGUAUACACUGGAGGCUGCUGCUGUGACUGGAGCGGGGAUCUCAGUGCUGAUCAAAGGCGUGCUUUUCUGGUCUCUCUUCCGAUUGGCGCGCAGCUUCGGCCAGGGCCUGAGAGAGAGGAUGUUUUCAUCGGACAAGCAGUAAAGUGCCGUCAUGAGAAGGAAGUGGCUACGGUUACACAGGAUGGAUAAGCAACAAUUUCAAAAUGUUGUAACAACUCUCUGGUUCUGACCAAUGUUUGAAGUUAGGAAAUAGAGGGAAAUGCACUCAAAUGGGCAUUGGACCGGUCUGUUUUUAUGAAGAUGAUUUCACUGCAAGUGACAGACAUACAGUGCCUUCGGAAAGUAUUCAGACCCCUUUACUUUUUCCACAUUUUGUUAUGUUACAGCCUUAUUC